CUUGGCAGUCCCUGAUCCUUUUUGCCUAGAAAUACAAGAAAGGUGCAGAAGAAUGGAAAAUAAAGAUACUUCUAACUACCUGUAACUGCUGCAGUGGGAAAUGGGUCAAAUUCCCUCUCGACCUGAUGAAGCUUCUCUGGAUGAUGGAUGGAGAGAUAUUCACUACCACUUUGGUGCCAUCUGGGAACAUGACACCAAAUUAUAGCAUGACCCUGGCACAGAAAACAACGUUUGCCUUUGUGAUUUUAUUAUUUAUUUUCUUGGGAAUCCUCAUUGUUCGCUGCUUCCAAAUUCUCCUCAACCCCUACCAGAGUAUGCUAACCUCAGCCUGGACUGAUGGACUUGAUGGACUGGAGUUUGACUAUGCUUUUGCUUAGAGAUUGAGAACUAUGGAGGCAUAUUUACCACUCUGAUAAAGAGAGAAAAAUCCUGGAAUGCCAAUUUAUUUUGUUACAUUUUUUUCAAAUAUCAUAGGAAUUGCAACAUACAAAUAUGCACACAAUGAAUUUGAUUGUAAUUAAAUAUCAAGUCAAGUUAAAUUUUUGCAGGUAGAUUAGUGAAUCUCCUUAUUGGGAAAAAGAUAAAGGUUGCAUUAGCAGAACUUUUCUUUAGAAUACACUGGAACAAUAAGUAGUAUAUGUGAUCUCUUAUAACCAGUUAAGUGACAAUAGAGCAUGUCUUCUCUUGCAUAGCCUUUUUAUCAUUAACAAGAGUCUGUGGAGGAAGGUAUCUUACAAAUCAGGUAAGAAUAUGUUUCUACGAUCUGUAUGUAGUAAAUUAGCUUUCCAAGCUCCACAAGACUCUUCUCACUCUGUCUCCCAUGCUUCUGAAGACAAGUGAGGAAGUAUCCCCUACAAUAAGAUAAGAUUGAAAAGCUGGAAAACUUCAGGAGAAAAAAAAAAUCCUCCAUGUUUUCCCAGGUAUUCAAUAAGAUGCUCUUUCUUUGCAUUAAGCAGUGAUUAAGCUACUUAGUACUAACGAAUCACUGACUGUAAUCUUUGUUGUGAAUAAGAUAUGUAAUGAUUUUGGCCUGUCUUCUCUUUUUGUGCCCAAACUGAUUUUUAUUAAGAUAGGUUUUUGCAUUAUUCUAAUAACAGCUUAUGCAAACAAAUUUCAGUCUUGCAUGUAUUUCAAACCCUGCA